AAUCAUAUUCCCAUCCCCCCAUGGAGUGUAAUAAGCAAGUGCAGGUAGUAGAUGAUGAGCAGCAAGUUGUAAGUUGCCACUUGAAAUCAGCAUCCUUUGAUGAGAUCCAACAAAGACGAUCUGCAAAUUAUAAGCCUAACAUUUGGCAAUAUGAUUUCUUACAAUCCCUUCCAACCAUAUAUGAUGGUGUGGAAUAUAAGUUAAGGGCUGAGAAUUUGAAAGAGAAUGUGAAGGACAUUUUUGUGGAAGCAAAGGACCAAUUAGCCAAAUUGGAGCUGAUUGACAUUAUCAGAAAACUAGGCCUUGGGGACGUUUUUGCAGAGGAAACGCAUAAAGCUUUACAAACUGUAGUAUCUUCCAUGAAAAACAACAAAAAUGGUGAAGAAGAAGAACUCUAUAUGACUGCUUUACGCUUCAAGCUCCUUAGGCUGCAUGGCUACGACGUUUCACAAGAUGUAUUCAAUGCAGUCUCAAUAACCAAAUGCAGUGACAUCAAGGGAUUGCUUGAACUCUUUGAAGCUUCGUAUCUAGCUUUUGAAGGAGAAACCAUUUUGGAUGAAGCUAAAGCUUUUUCAAUGGAAGCUCUUAGGAAUGUUUAUCCUACACUGGAUUUGAACUUAGCUAAGGAAGUUGCUCAUGCUUUGGAACUUCCAAUGCAUUGGAGAGUACAGUGGUUUGAUGUUAAAUGGCGCAUCACCAUGUAUGAAACAUACAAUAAAAACAUAGACAAACGCUUUCUUGAAUUGGCUAAACUUAACUUUAACGCAGUCCAAGCCAUACUUCAGAAAGAUCUAAGGGAAAUUUCCAGGUGGUGGAGGGACCUAAGGAUAAUGGAGGGUUUAAACUUUACAAGGGAUCGAUUGGCUGAAAGUUUCUUAUGCUCAGUUGGACUUACUUACGAGCCUCAAUACAGUUGUUUCAGAAAAUGUCUCACUAAGAUUACCACCAUGAUAUUAAUCAUAGAUGAUGUUUAUGAUGUUUAUGGUUCCAUUGAAGAGCUAGAGCAAUUCACCGAGGCUGUUGACAGGUGGGAUUCAAGCAAAACUCAGGAUCUACCCGAGUGCAUGAAAACAUGCUUUCAAGCUCUAUACGAUAUUACCAAUGAAAUUGCUUCAGACAUACAAGAACUCAAUGGUUGGCAAGUCCAAGCACUACUUCAUAUGAGGAAAGCGUGGACAGGAUUUUGUAAAGCACUAUUUGUAGAAGCAAAAUGGUAUAAUAAAGUAUAUAGUCCUUCCCUUGAAGAAUAUUUAAGCAAUGCAUUAAUUUCAUCAGGAGCCAUUGUGAUUUCCAUUCACUCAAUGCUCUCAGUGGGGAGUACUGAUGAAAAAAUUAUCAAUCUAUUGGGAAAAGAUGAAGAUCUUGUUUACAACAUCAGCAUCAUAACACGACUUUACAACGAUUUAGGAACUUCAAUGGCGGAGAAAGAGAGAGGGGAUGCACCAUCAUCAAUCCAUUGUUACAUGCGAGAAAUGAAUGUUUCAGAGAAAGAAGCUGAAGAACAUAUCAAGAGCAUGAUCAACAACACAUGGAAGAAAAUAAAUGGGCAAUGUUUGAAGAAUCAAUCACAUAAUUUGCUCCCAUGUUCUUUUGUUAAGGUUACUACUAACGUUGCACGUAUGGUGCAAUGUCUGUAUCAGUUUGGUGAUGGGUUCGGCGUUCAAGACCAAGAGACUCGAAACCAUAUCAUUUCUCUUUUAAUUGAGCCAUUCAAUUUGGAUAAUACUGCAAAGGAUGAGGAAAAUAAGGGAAAGAAGAAAAGUGAAGGCUACUCUAAAGUACAAAUUUGAACUUUGUGAUGCAUGUAUGUAGAUGCUUCACAAGAUUCCACGUGCUACACAACUUGGGUAGAAAUUCGAACGUUGUUAUUUGUAAUAGUUUUUAUGUAUCAAUUAUGUUUACUUUACUACUUGAAUUUGAUGAUGAUAGGUGGUGGGA